CGAUGGGCCCCCAGUUUGUGUUCCAUUGGGAGUGUAUAGAAAGUAAAAGUGGGUGGUGGGUUAGGUAAACUGGUCACUGUAUAGAGUUUUCCGUAAACCACAAUAACACCUGUCGUCUUCCCAGAAUAGCUGGCAACAUAUUGCCUUGAACAUCCUCACGUGGGCACUUGAGAAUUAAUGUGCUCGAUAUAGGCUUGCAGUUGCAUUCGUUGGCUUCUGAGUUCGGACCCAUGUGACAUCCACGUCCCCGUAACCAAUGACUUGCAGCGGUUCCUUUCGAAAGAGGUCCUUUGUUGUCUAUUACGGUAGUCCCACGUGGGAGUGACGUCAUCUAAGGUUAAAAUAAUCACGCCACGAGCGGUUUUGCGUGCGUCGGGAGGAGACUGGAAACAAACACGACCCCGGGCGGCGGGGACCGGACCUUGGGGCGAGAACCCUGACUGACAUCAAGUAAACCAGCACUUGUGGCCCAAGAUGAAGUUGACUUUAUCCGCCCAGCUUUGUCUGUUGAUCGUUCUCUUUCACUCUCAUUCUUCCACGGCGAAGAGAGGAGGCGGAUUUUUCGGAAAAAGCUUUGGCUUCAAGAAGCCCUUCUCGUUCGGCCGAGGCAAGACUGGCAUCAAAAACAAUCGGGGCAGCGGUUCUCAAGGUUCCUACCCCAAGCAGCCCUCACACACCAAUCAAGGAGGCUACAGUCAGUAUCCUGGCAGAUCUAGCAGUUACCCCCAACAGCCACAUGGAUCCCCCUAUGGUGGUGGAUAUGGUGGCCAAGGUAGUUUUGGAGGGUAUGGUUGGGGUUAUGGCAGACCAGGUGGAUCCAUCAACCAAAACCCAAACAACCCCAUCCCUAAUCCCCGUUAUGGCAGCAACUUUGGGUACCAGCACCAAGGUUUUGGGCGAGGCUCUCCAUUUUCCCGCUCAGUUCAAGCAAUGAAUGUCGAGCCCAAUGAAAAAUCCAGAAGUUUCGGACACAGCGCCGUCAUGGCGGCAGGCGGAGGGGCUGUGGCAGGAAUGGCUUUGGGCUACGGUUUAGGAAGAUUUCCUCGUCCUCACUUCCACUUCCACAACCCCCAAGAGGAGUACUACUACAAUCACUACAUGUACAGGAAAUACGGUGUCAAAUCUACUGAUACAAAUGAUUACGGUCGAGACUACAGGUACAGUCCGCCCCCUGAGACCUAUGACAGCUUCAUGGACUCCUGCAUGAAGAGAACUGAUGUUCUGCCUCCAGCUAACACAAAUCCAAGCAGCAAGUCAGGAGUCACCACACCGAUUCUGACUUUGGCUCCAGGCGAGACCAACACCACCGACCUUGGUAACUCCUCGACUUCGUCGUCCCUUCCUCCGACUCAACCUCAAGCUGAUGCGAUGCCUCCUGCCGGUCAAGCCGUGAACAGCGAAGCGGACGAAGACACUGUCAGCAUCGUGGAGAUCGGGUAUCCGGCUCUCAUUAAGCAGGUUCAGGCUCGGAGAUGCCUGGAGCUCUACAUUGUUUACUCAGAAAAGUACAUGAAGAGACAGACUGGCGGAACACAAGGUCUGGCGAUAGCCAUGGAUGGAUUUUUAAUUGUCCUUACUAGUGCUUUGGUGCUGCUGCAUGAUGCCACAUAAAUUUGAUUGUCUUCGUCGCCAAGGUGAUGGAGGAGAUUAAGAUGGCGGGACGGGCAAUACAUUCUUUCUAUUUUCAUUUUGGGUUGAUUCAUGUAUUCCUUCAUUGCUCAAUUGCAACACAUGGCUGCUCUAUUUACUGCUUGGUGAGGUGAAUAAGGGAUGUUGGGGAACGUUUUUAAAAAGAACACAAUCAACUGUGCUAUUUGGUACUUUUAAUUUCAAAGAGGACGGGUUCAUUUCAGUGUCUAUUGUCCAAGGUCAUGGAGGUUUGCUAGUUGACUUAAGAGGAAGUAACAUGUUCCUACUUUGGGUUUUCAACUGCCAGGAACUGUACACAUCUAUAACACGAGCUUUGAGAGUGCGCACAUUUGCGUUACAACAUUGUCUCAAUUUAUUUUUUUAACUGGAAUGUGAAGACUUUGUAUCUGUUGUAGGUGUGCCAAUAUUAUUGAGCAUUACUUUGUCUAAAAAAAAAAAAAAAUCUUCUGGCAUUUUAUAAAUGGAAAUCAUUUUGACUAAUCCUGAUUGACCCAAGCCAGGAAUGUUUCGUCUGAUUUUAUGUCAGACAGCCUUGAGAAAAAAAAACCCACAAUGUGUCUUUAUUGUAUAUCAAUAAAAACCUGAUGCACUGACAUUUUUUCUGAUAUGUUCAUGCUUUGGUGCCUUUUGAUUUAGUGUGCUGUAUCAGCUUUUGUAAUGUAUUGGUGACCCACCCUCUGACUCAUUUAAUUAAAACAAACUUAGACAUUGA